AAACCUAUCAAUCUGCAGCAAUGAAUGACUACAUUGAAACCAAAUAUCUUCUGCCAUCUGAAAUACGCUUUGUAAAAAGCAAAGUUCGCUCCCAUUUCACAACUGGAAAAUCAGCCAAUGACAUCGCAGAAACACUCAUGGGGAAAUCGUGGAACUUGGAAGUCAAGGACUUAGGUGACAUUCGCGUAUUCCGACGAGAAGGGAGAUAUUAUACAUUGGAUGAUCUACUACUCUACGUGUUUCGUGUUGCCCAAUAUAACGACGCAAUUCGAAAAAUAAAGGUUAAUGUGGUUAGCAAAAGAUCACUGAGGUCAGAAAAAUUGUCAUUGGCUGGAGGUCGUAAUAUCAUUUUAAUUGGCGACGAAACACUACCCCACUGCAAACCACAUUGGCUCAAAGAGACUGGUUUUACCGUAUUCGAUGAAACGAAAGUUCCGACCCCAAUAACUACUGUCAUGGAUUAUUCAUUUCUUGAAGGAUCAACAAGUUCUUAUGGUGAAACGAACAAACUAAUCGACGGUGAACAAGUUUCUGUUGCUGAACAAAGUAUGUUGUGGAAAAUGUUCUACGGGAUUUGGGAAAAUGUUUGUCGUUGGAUUCGCCAAAAAGUUUCUAACAGAAGGCAACAAAGAAAUCAAAUAAUAUAACUUUGACCGGUAACUAGGUAACCUGACUUGCACGAAACGACGGAGAAGAGGCAAGUUUUGGUUGGAACGCUAUAUUGAGAUUGAUAUUCAUAUAGGGCAUGUCCUCGGAAAAUACACAUUGGUUUUAUCGCCUCUGAUGUAAAACUUAUUGGCACCUUGCGAAUGACGGACCUUCAGAGUGUAAGAUUAAACUAAACCGUCAAGUGCGGAUGACGAAUAUUACUUAAUGUUCAGAUUCGUUUUAUUGAAGCUAGUAUAAACUGUAAAUAAAAUAUUGUCGGAAAGAUUUAUUUUUACAUUGUAUAAAUAUUUUCUGUUCCAAAAUGACUUUUUCCUUCGUUGAUUGCGAGGAUAUUUUGAAUCUCUAUUAUUUUCAAUCCGUUUCAAACAAUAUCAAGCUUGAAAAAGGAUUUCAUAGACACCGACGAUCGCGACAAAUUUAGUAUUGAGGCCAGGCGGUCUCGAGUAGGGAUGGCGGACUCGACUCCGGAAUUGAUUCUUCGUGGAUUCGAAUGAAAUCGAUUCCGAUGUCUUGGAAUUAAAAUCUUAGAAUUAAAACUUGGAGGUAUAACGUUUUGUGACAAGUCCUACUGGACCAAUUGCUUUGUGAAAUUUUCAGUGGUUGAAAAUUGAA